AUGGAUGUUCUAUCCUUAAGCUCAAACCUUAGCAUUUCCAAGCCAUUUAAUUUCCUUCCACUAAAAAAUAAACACCAAAAUCCUUGUACACGGUUUACUGUUUCAUGCGGCGCCACGAAACAGCUUCGGGGUGUGGACGAGACCACUAACUUGUACAAGAUAUUGUGUUUGAGUCCCAAAAGUGCAACCAUGGAUGACAUAAAGAAAGCUUAUAGAUCAAUGGCGCUUCGGUACCAUCCUGAUUUGUGCCUUGAUGAUUCCAAGAAAGAGGAGUCAACGAGGAUGUUUGUGAAGCUGAAUGCAGCUUACGAGACGUUGUCGAAUCCAAGGCUUCGAGCUGAGUAUGACCAUGAAUUGGGUUUGAGAAGCAAUAUUAUGAGUGGUGUUGGUGAUGAGAGUUGGAGGUGGCGGUGGCAGGAGCAAGUGGCUGAGUUGAAGAGAAGGUCUCAUCGACGUACGGCACAAAAGGAGGAGGGGUCAUGGGCCAAUAGAAUGAGGGCGCAAAACAUGAGAUGA